CACAACACAUCACUGAUCCUUCUCUUCUCAUCCUCAGACACAGCAGCACAAACACAACACAACACACAAAAGUACUAUCUCUUCGAUGGCUCAGACUAUGCUGCUUACCUCCGGUGUCUCCGCCGGCCAAUUCUUGAGGAACAAGAACCCUUUGGCUCAGCCCAAAGUUCACCAACUCUUCCUCUCUGGAACCUCCCCGGUUGCUCUACCAUCGAGGAGACAAUCAUUUGUUCCUCUUGCUCUCUUCAAACCUAAAACCAAAGCUGCUCCCAAGAAGGUUGAGAAGGUGAAGCCAAAGGUUGAGGAUGGUAUCUUUGGAACUUCAGGUGGGAUUGGUUUCACUAAGGCUAAUGAGCUUUUCGUUGGUCGUGUUGCUAUGAUCGGUUUCGCAGCAUCUUUGCUUGGUGAGGGUAUCACCGGGAAAGGGAUCUUAGCUCAGCUGAAUCUUGAGACAGGGAUACCGAUUUACGAAGCAGAGCCAUUGCUUCUCUUCUUUAUCUUGUUCACUUUGUUGGGAGCCAUUGGAGCUCUUGGAGACAGAGGAAAAUUCGUCGACGAUCCUCCCACCGGACUCGAGAAAGCUGUCAUUCCUCCAGGCAAAGGAGUCAGAUCUGCCCUUGGUCUCAAAGAACAAGGUCCAUUGUUUGGAUUCACCAAGGCGAACGAGCUAUUCGUAGGAAGAUUGGCACAGUUGGGAAUAGCAUUUUCAUUGAUCGGUGAGAUUAUAACCGGAAAGGGAGCAUUAGCUCAACUCAACAUUGAGACGGGUAUACCGAUUCAAGAUAUCGAACCGCUCGUCCUCUUAAACGUUGCUUUCUUCUUCUUUGCUGCCAUUAAUCCUGGUAAUGGAAAAUUCAUCACCGAUGAUGGUGAAGAAAGCUAAAUUUCUCAUGUACUUAAAAUUUUAGUAGAGUGUGUUUGUGACCAUCUCUUCAUGGUUGAGACAAAAGGAAAUGAACAGCUUUAAACUGUUGUAAUACUUGAAAUCCUUUUGUUUUAACUUGGAAUUUUCUGAUUAUAUACCUAAGUGAUUAUAUCAUUA